AUGGCGCUCGCGGGCACCGCGGCCGGGGCCGCCGGCACCGUCCAGUUCGUGUCAGAGGAGACGGUGCCCGCCACGCAGGCGCCGGCCGCCACCAUCGCCUCGGAGACGCAGACCAUCACAGUUUCUGCCCCAGAGUUUGUUUUUGAGCAUGGCUACCAGACGUACGUGCCUAGCGAGAGCAGCGAGCCCCCCGCCGCGGCCGUCGUCUCCACGCCACCAAAGGCACGCUCAAGAAAAUCCACCUCCUCCCUGACGCAGAAGAAACUGAACUGCUGCUAUCCAGGUUGCCAGUUCAAGACUUCCUAUGGUAUGAAGGAUAUGGAACGUCAUCUGCGAACACAUACAGGAGACAAGCCCCAUAAAUGUGAGGUUUGUAACAAGUGCUUCAGCCGUAAAGACAAGCUGAAGAUGCACAUGCGUUCGCACACCGGCGUGAAGCCCUACAAGUGCAAGCACUGCGACUACGCGGCCGCCGACAGCAGCAGCCUCAACAAGCACCAGCGCAUCCACUCCAACGAGCGGCCCUUCAAGUGCCAGAUCUGCCCUUACGCGAGCCGCAACUCCAGCCAGCUCACCGUGCACCUCCGAUCCCACACAGGAGAUGCUCCUUUCCAGUGUCAGAUGUGUCCUGCUAAGUUUAAAAUCAACUCAGACCUGAAGAGGCACAUGCGUGUGCAUUCUGGUGAGAAGCCGUACAAAUGUGAGUUCUGUGAGGUCCGGUGCGCCAUGAAAGGAAACUUGAAAUCACACAUUCGCAUUAAGCACAGCAUGGAAAAUACUCUGAAGUGCCCAGAAUGUGAGUUUCAGUGUGGAAACAAAACGAGCCUUCGGCACCACAUAAGGACUCAUCAGCCUGAGCAGCCAGUGAAGUGCUCAGAGUGCAACUACUCUUGCUCCAACAAGGCAGCUUUGAAGGUACAUGAGAGAAUCCAUUGCAAGGAUCGUCCUUUCAAAUGUGAAUUCUGCAGCUUCGAUACCAAGCAGAGGAGCAACCUGACAACUCACGUGAGGAAAGCUCACGGAGACAAAGUCAAAACCAAGAAGCAAACUGUGGAGAAGAAAGAAGGAGACAGACCAAAACAGGGUGGCUCCAGGCAAGUUGCUAAGUUGGAUGCCAAGAAAGCAUUUAAGUGUGACCUGUGUGAGGCUUCCUUUGUCCGAGAAGAUUCCCUUAGGAGUCAUAAGAAGCAGCACAGUAUGUACAACGGGACGAAAAAUAAUGAACUAGCUGUUCUGCAGCUUCAGAUGGAUCCCAGUCGACAGAGUAGUGCCCCAAUUACCGUCAGUCACAUUCAGGUCCCACUUCAGGCUGCUCAGGUUUCUCCAUACAGUGAGGGAAGGGUCAAGAUCAUUGUGGGUCACCAGGUCCCUCAGGCCAGCAGCAUCGUUCAGGCCGCGUCGGUGAACGUCGUGCCCCCCGCCUUGGUGAGCCAGAACCAGGAGGAGCUGUCGGCCGCCAGCCGCCUGCAGCUGCUGGGCCAGGUGAGUUUGCUGGCGCCUCCUCCUGCCAUGGCCCCGAGCGAGGCAGGGGCCGUGGCGCAGCCCGCGGUUCUCCUCAGCGCUCACGACCAAAGCGAUGCGAGUGCUUUGCACCAAACCCUCCUUCCUGCCGCUCCUGGCAGCGCUCACGAGGCGUCGGCAAACCAAGCCUUCAUCACCAGCUCUGCAAUCAGCUGCUCCGACUUAGAAGGCCUCAAUGCUUUAAUCCAAGAAGGAGCCACAGAGGUGACCGUGGUUAGUGACGGAGGGCAGAGCAUCACUGUGUCUACGGCAGCUCCCCCUCCUCCUAUCUUUUCCUCAUCCUCUCACACAGAAGCCCCCAAGCAGACCUAUUCCAUCAUCCAGAGUGGAGCCCACACAGCGUUGCUGUGUCCAGCAGACUCCAUACCAGAUUAACCACAGAGGACCAUUGCUAAACAACAUUCAGUCUCUGCAGUAAUGCUGAAGUCAGUAGAACUGCAUAGGACAUAAGUGAAUGCAGCAUUUGUCCUAUAAAGCCAAAUACCUUCCACAUACACGUUUUGCCUGU